GCAGACGCAUGUGACGUUAAAGUAUCAGUGCGUGAAGCGAGGGAAGCGAAAUGGAUGCGCGCGUCGCUUCACUGCAGAGGAAUAUUGACUUCUUACAAAAGCAGCACAGAGAAACUCUGGAGAAAUUACACGGUGAAAUAGAUAGUUUAAAACGGGAAAAUAAAGAGUUGCAGUAUAAGCUGAUAAUGGACCUUCCAAAGUCGAGCAGUAAAGGAUCCAGCCGUAGAAUCUGUAAGCACCACACAGAGAGCAACAAGUUCCAGAGAGACAGAAGGAACUAUUUGGAACAGACUUUGGAGGAAACCUGCUCACCACAAGCCACAGAGAUUAGCAGUCAUUUACAGUGUAGAGAAACCAGAUCAAAUUCCCUCACAGCCGACAGAACAGAAGCUCCUUCAGAAGCCAAAGCAGGGUUCAUCACUUCUCUACAGCCUCUGAUGAUCCAGUGUAGUCCAUCUCGGGCUCCUCGACCUCCCAGCCUACAGGAAUGUGAGGUCAUCAUACGCCAGCUGUACAACGCUAACAGCCUGCAGUCCCAGGAGAUCCUACGCGUGAAAGCUGUUCUCAAAGAUAUCGUAUUCAACAAGAAAAUAACUGCAGAGAAUUACAUUUUGACAAAGGCUUAUCUUGCUGAUGGUAAAAGAGCUGACGAAUCAGACACAUUUCCUCAGCUUUCUCUCCAAACACUGCCUAAAGAACUACCCAUGUCUCAGGCUAGUCAAGUUUUAUAA